CUUACACCAUAAACAAAUUUGUCUCAACACACACAAAAAAAAACUAUGGGUUCUAACUCUCCCCCAACCCUACACUUUGCCAUCUUCCCCUUCCUCUCCCAAGGCCACAUCAUCCCCCUCCUCCACCUCUCCCGCCUCCUCCACCGCCGCUCCGCCGCCGUCACCAUCUUCACCACCGCCUCCAACUCCCCUCCCAUCCGCGCCGCCCUCUCCGACACCAACAUCUCCGUCGUCGACCUCCCCUUCCCCCAAAACACCCCCGGCGUCCCUCCCGGUGUCGAAAACACCCAAAACCUCCUCUGCGAGUCCUCCUUCGCCCCCUUCGCCAACUCCACCAAACUCAUGCAAAAAAGCUUCGAAUCCGCCCUCGAAAACCUCCAUCCUCCGCUCUCCUGCAUCAUCUCCGACUCGUUUCUCGGGUUCACUCUCCAAUCCGCCAACAAAUUCAACGUCCCGAGGUUCGGCUUCUUCGGAAUGGGGGCUUUUUCCUGCACCAUGUACGAAACCCUAGGCCGAGAGAGGCCUCAUUCCGCCGCCGCCGAUUUAGACGAGGCCUUUCCGAUGCCGGGGUUUCCCGGCCUCAUGCUGACGAGGAACGACUUCGAGCCGCCGUUCAACGCGGCGGCGCCGGUGGGGCCUUAUGUCGAUUUCAUGAAGGAGCAGAUGGCGGCUCUGGCGAAGAGCGAUGGCUUGAUCGUCAACACUUUUUAUGAGAUGGAGCGGUCUUGUGUUGAUUACUGGGAUCGGAAAAUCGGGCCGAAAAUGUACUGCGUCGGCCCGCUGUGUGCCGCCGCGCCACCGCGCACGGCGGCGGCGGCAUAUUUCCGGUUUUUGGAUGAGAAAUUGGCGGAGGGGAAACCGGUUUUGUAUGUGGCGUUUGGGACGCAGGCGGAGGUGUCGCCGGAGCAAUUGAGGGAGAUCGCAAUUGGGCUCGAGCGAUCGGAGGUGAAUUUUCUGUGGGUUUUGAAGGGGGAGAGGGUUGAAUUUGUAACCGGUUUUGAAAUUAGGGUUGGAGAAAGGGGGAUUGUGGUGAGGGAAUGGGUUGAUCAGCUGGAGGCGCUGAAGCAUGAUGGGGUGAGGGGGUUUCUGAGCCACUGCGGGUGGAAUUCGGUGCUGGAGGGGAUGGCCGGCGGCGUGCCGAUUGUGGCGAUGCCGUUUAUGGCGGAGCAGCACCUGAAUGCGAGGCUGGUGGCGGAGGAGCUCGGAGUGGGGAUCCGGGCGAUGCCUAAGGGAGGGUCGGUGAGGGGAUUGGUGGAGGCGGAGGAGGUGGAGAGGGCGGUGAGGGAGCUGAUGGGAGGGGAGAGGGGGGCGGAGGCGCGGCGGAGGAUGGUGGAGUUGGGUGAGGCGGCUCGCGGCGCGGUCGGGGAAGGGGGGUCGUCGGUGCGGACGUUGGAUUUGCUGAUUGAUGAGAUGAGACUUCGUGCUUGUGUAAUGUGAUGGUAUAAUGUUUUUAUUAGUACAAUAUUUGAAGUAUUAAUGCAAUUACAAUUACAAUAUUUAUUCAA